GACUUCAAAAUGGAGUCCUGUUAGCGGGAGUAAGUUGUGAUGUCCUCGGUUAUGUAGCCGUCCAUCGUUAUUAUUUUUGAGUAGACAGUUAAAUUAAGACUCUCCCGUGUCGGUGUGUAUUAUGGGGGUUUUGUGCUUCGCCAGAGGAGCCUUCACGGCCGCCGUCGGUUUCAGAAAACACGCCGGUUUGUCCGUGAAGCUUCUCUCCAGUGUUUCAGCUGCAGCGGCGGUUAGUGUCAGGACGUACAGCCUGGACAACCGUAAAAAUGUCCCGGGACAGUUCGUGUGUUACCACCUUCCAAACAGGACCCUGCUGAAAAUCCAGGGAGCGGACACGAGUGCGUUCCUCCAGGGGAUAAUAACCAACGACAUGGCGCUGCUGGAGGAGCCUGAACACAGAGUCAUGUACUCUCACAUGCUCAAUGUCCAGGGAAGGACGCUAUACGACAUCAUGUUGUACAGUCUAAAAGAAGCCGAGGGAGGGCAUGGUGUUUUCCUGGAAUGUGACAGCACAACAAAGGACUCAAUCUUGAGACACUUGAAGGUGUACAAAAUCCGCAGGAAGGUCAACAUCAGCCCCUGUCCAGACCUGUCUGUAUGGGCAGUACUUUCACAGGAAGGUCAGGAAGUCAAUAAACCUAAGCUUUCUUCUCCUGAAAAAGCUCUGGCAUGGGAGGCUGAUCCUCGAACUCAGCAAAUGGGCUGGAGAUUGGUUUUGCACUGCCAAGUUAACCCCUUGGAUAUAAUUGCAUCAUGCCAGAAAGGAGACACAGAGGAGUAUCACAAACAUCGCUAUGCAAUAGGACUUCCAGAGGGAGUCAGGGACCUUCCUCCUGGGGUUGCACUGCCACUAGAAUCAAAUCUCGUCUACAUGCAGGGGAUCAGCUUUAGCAAGGGCUGUUACAUCGGCCAGGAGCUUACAGCCAGGACUCAUCACACUGGGGUGGUUCGGAAACGCCUGAUGCCAGUGCGCUUGUCAUCUCCAGUCCAAGACCUCGAGGAAGGUGCCGUACUGCAAACGCAGUCGGGCAAGCCAGCUGGGAAGCAUCGAGCAGGCGUAGGAGAACUGGGUCUCAGCCUAAUCCGCAUGGCUCAUGCCAAAGAGGUGUUGACGCUCAAAUCUUCUGACGACUCCACAGUGACACUUGAGGCCUCUGUGCCAGACUGGUGGCCUAAAGAUGUCAAAAUCAGCUGAAGAGGAGGAUGUUUUAACGUUCCCUAAAAUGUGACAUGCUUCAAUCUGACAGACUUCUCAUAGACAGAGCCCUGCGUAUGUUACACUGUCAUUGCUUAACAGCUAUGUGGCACUACUCCGUAUUUUUGAGUAUUUAUGUUUUGUUUGCAAUAAAAUCUAUUUCAGAGUGA